AUGUUAGAUGAGUUGAGGCUUCCUGAAAAGCUCUAGAAAUUCUUUUCUGGCUUAUUCCUUAGUUUGAUGAUGACUUCUGGCUCUCUGGCAGUUUUAGGUUCUUGCUAUCAAAAUUUCAUGCUUUUUCUCGGUGAUACCACCUUGCUCGCAAGCACUAAACGUCAAGUUGCUGCAUUAUCUAAUGCUUACAUCAACUUCCCAACUAGGUUUUUCGUUCAAUCAAAAUCUCUUAAUCUAUCUGCAUCUCACUCAGACAACUUCCUGAAUGGCACCUCAGCAGUAUAUGUUGAAUAGAUGCACGAAUAGUGGUAGAAAGAUCCCUCAAGCGUACAUGCUUCAUGGAGAUCCUAUUUUGAAAAUGUUGAGAAUGGAGCUAAUGUUCCAUUCCAGCUACCACCAACUAUUGGGAAAACCGGGCAAGAACCUUCAGUCUAAUAGAUAUUAUCUCUUCUUUAACAAAAUGUGCAACUAGGAGCUGGUGUCCAAGGAGGCAAUACCACUUAAGCAGCUCAUGAUGCAUAUAAAAUUAUGCUACUUAUUAGAGCUUUCAUGACCCACGGCCACAUGAUUGCUGAUAUUGAUCCUCUUGAAUUAUACUAAACUUACAAGCAUUUCCCCACAUUUGCUCAUAAAUUCAAGAUUCCAGAUUCAUAGUUAACAUCUUUAGUGGAUUAUAAGAGUUAUGGAUUCACAGAAGCAGAUCUUGAUCGUGAAUUUUACGUCGAUGCUCCUGAGUUGGCAGGACUUUUAAGAAAGAAGAAGUAAUGGAAGCUCAGAGAUCUUAUUUAAUCAUACAAAGCCGCAUAUUGUGGAAAGAUUGGUGUUGAAUACAUGCAUAUUGCUGACAGAGAUAAGUGUAACUGGAUCAGAGACAGAUUCGAAGGUCUCCAAUAUGAGACAGUUCCAAAUGAGAAGAGAAUUCUUAAUUUGGAUAGAUUAAUGUGGGCUGACGAGUUUGGAUAAUUUAUCGCUAAUAAAUUCAAUACUCAUAAGAGAUUCGGUCUUGAAGGUUGUGAAUCUUUCAUCCCAGGUCUUAAAUGCGCUUUCGAUACAUUGGUUGAGAAUGGUGUUGAAAAGGUCAUUAUAGGAAUGCCACAUAGAGGUAGACUUAACGUAUUGGCUAAUGUGGUGAGAAAGCCAUUAGAAUAAAUUUUUAAUGAGUUCUAAGGUACUCUUCCAGACUAAUAAGAUGAUUACUCUGGUGAUGUAAAGUAUCAUUUAGGUACCACAUACACAAAAACAUAUCCAACUGGCUAAAAACUCACAACAACUGUACUUGCCAAUCCAUCUCAUUUAGAAGCUGUCAAUCCAGUCGUUAUGGGAAGAGUAAGAGCUGAGCAAUACUUAAUGGGAGAUACUGAACAUGCUAAGGUAGUUCCAGUAAUCAUUCAUGGUGAUGCAGCAUUUGCUGGACAAGGAGUUGUAUAUGAAUCAAUGCAAAUGCAAAAUCUCAUUAACUUCAAGGUCGGAGGUUCUUAUCAUGUUGUAGUUAAUAAUCAAAUUGGUUUUACCACUACCCCUCAUAAAUCAAGAAGUGGUGUCUACUGUACAGAUAUUGCUAAAGCCAUCGAUGCUCCAAUUUUCCACGUCAAUGCUGAUAGUAUGGAGGAUGUUGCUAAGGUAUUCUCAAUUGCUGCUGAGUACAGACACAGAUACAAGGAAGAUGUUGUCAUCGAUUUGAUAGGCUACAGAAAGAUGGGACAUAAUGAACUAGAUGCUCCUCAAUUCACUCAACCACUUAUGUACAAAAAGGUAGCUAAGAUGAUUCCUGUAGCUAGAAAGUAUGAAAGUGAGCUUGUUCAAGCUGGCAUUCUUAGUCAAGACCAAGCUAACUAGAUGAAGGGCAAAAUUAAGCAAGAACUGGAGAGAGCCUAUGCUGCUAGCAAGGACCAUCAAUUCAACAUUGAAGAAUGGAAAAAUGAGGAAUGGGAAAGUAUUAAGGAAACAUCUAAGUACGGUAAAAUGAAGGAUACCGGAGUUAGUAUCAAUGUGCUUAAGGAUUUAGGAGAGAGAAUAAGUACUUUACCAGAUGAUCAAGAUUUCCACCCUGCUAUCAAGAAGAUCUUCGAUGCUAGAUUGAAAUCGGUUCAGGAGGGCAAAGGAAUAGAUUGGGGCACAGGUGAAGCAUUAGCUUUUGCUUCAUUGAUCCAUGACGGAUUCCAUGUCAGAGUAUCAGGUCAAGAUGUUGAAAGAGGUACUUUUUCACACAGACACGCUGUAGUUUUCAAUCAAAACAAAGAUACCUCAUACAUCCCAAUUAAUACAGUUGUUCCAAAUGCUGAAAUCAAGAGAUUCCAAAUCUCAAAUUCUCAUUUAUCUGAGUUUGGUGUUUUAGGCUAUGAAUAUGGUUAUGCUCAAACACAUCCAAACACCUUAGCUAUUUGGGAAGCCUAAUUCGGUGAUUUCUCAAAUGAGGCUCAGGUUAUCAUUGAUACAAUGAUUGCUUCUGGUGAGACAAAGUGGAAUGUCAAACACGGUCUUGUUAUGCUUUUACCUCACGGUUAUGAUGGCAAUGGUCCAGAGCACUCGUCAUGCAGAAUUGAAAGAUACCUUUAAUUAUGUGAUGACCCAGAUACAAUCCCAGCCGAUGAUGAUCCAAACAGCUUGAGAAUGCAAAAGGUUAAUAUGCAAGUUGUCAAUUGCACAACUGCUGCUCAAUAUUUCCAUCUCUUAAGAAGGUAACUCAGAAGGACUUUCAGAAAACCACUUAUUGUUGCUGCACCAAAGAAACUCUUAAAAAGCAAGGAUGCUCACUCUAACAUUGAGGACUUCGCUGAAGGCCUUAGAUUUAGAAGAGUUAUUUCAGAUCAAAACAAAAACCUUGUUGCUCCAGAGAAGGUCAAGAAGGUGAUUUUUUGCUCAGGUCAAGUAGUUUACGAUAUAGAGGAAGCUAAAAAGCAAAAGGGCAGAAAUGAUAUUGCCAUUGUUAGAGUAGAGUAACUAUGUCCUUUCCCAUUCAGAUCUAUUACUCCUGAGAUUAAGAAGUUCAAGAAUGCCGAGAUCAUUUGGUGCCAGGAAGAACCUAAGAAUCAAGGAUCAUACUCAUAUGUCCUACCUAGACUCCACAACAUUCAAAAAUCUAUUGGUAGACCAGCAGAAGUUACAUAUAUUGGUAGACAGAUCUCUGCCUCGACCUCAACUGGCUACUCAAAAAUUCAUACCAAGGAGCUUCACCAAUUUUUACAAGAAGCAAUGGCUUGA